ACAAAGUCGCCGCGCUGUAGCAUCCGUUAUGUACAUUGACUAGUUUAUAGAUUAUCCAAAAUAAAAACCAAUAAAUAUACCAUCCCACUUACACCCCCAAGUAGCCCGAUAAAUAAAUCAUCAAACUAAUUAAUUAAUGUGGUGAAGUGACAAAUAAAUGUGUGUUAAAAUAAUAAAUUCACGAUGACGUGGAACGUAACAACGAAGGUGACACCCGAGAGCUCGGUGUGGUGCAUGAGAACGUAUGGCAGAGACUAGAGAGGAAACGAUAAGAGGCUUCAGCGAGGUGCCCCUCCGAUUCCCAUUGGAUGUGCCAUCGCAAGCGUAAGAACUACCCCAAAGAGCCAAUGUGCAAUUAGUCACUGAAUCAUAAUCAUCCCGAAUCAGCCCCUCGCCAGUAACUCCUCAAACUCAGCCACAAGAAUCCCCUGGUACAAUACAAAUCCCCCCACCAAAUGAUUUCCUGACAUGAUGGAAAGCAAGUUGUACGUGAAGAAUGAGCCAGGAAUUGAAGCACCAAGCAGCCAUUUGAAUUCACUCCAGCACCAAUUGUCCCAGGAUGAUCGCAGUGGUCGUGUGUGUUUUGUGUGUGGUACCCUGGGUCACAGUGAUCAGUACUGGUUGAGAGUCAAGCCAACACCAGGUGGACCACCAUCAGAGCCUUAUUUUCCAUUUUUAGAGUCCCACGAGCCACCAAUUGGCUAUCGUGGUGAGAGUGCACGAAGUGGCGCUGUUAGAUCGUGCAGUUUGUGUUAUGCAUUAUUGUUGCAACAAUGGGAGAGCUUCGAGAGAGAGACAAAGCCCCAUGGCCAGAGGAUAUACUGGAUGAAACGUUGCGAUGGUGGGCCAUACACUGGUGCAGAGAUGACACUCCAGGGGGAGUACGCUGCACAAGUCAUUGGAUUGACAAAUGAAACAAGUGUUCAGGGAAAGCAGGAGGGAUCGAGGCCACUUGGUAUAUCACCAAGAUUACCACAAAAUUCACCAUCACCUAGGGCUGAACAAACACGACCAUCGUCUAGCUCUGAUGCUAGAAUCCAUCAGGAUAAUGCUAGGCAUAUUGAACAAGUUAGGUUGACUAUGGAAUCGCCACAUCAGAGAAUACAGAGUCCUAGGAAUGUUGGGGAGGAAAACAGGGGAAGCAGUGAGGCUGCUUUGGAUCUCAGGCAUGCACCCAGGAGCUCACCUGCACCACAGCCUGCUAAUUUACAGUCACAGGCGCAAGCCAUGUACAGUGGGGGUUCGUCUUCUAGUGCUGGCACUGAUAUCCUUGAUUUAUCAAUGCCGGACAAGAAUUCAGUCACCGAAGUUUGUUACGUUUGUGGUGAUGAAUUUAAAAGGGGUUCAUUGAGUCAUAUCGCAGCUAAACCACUGCCAACAUCGCCUCAUCCAUCCAGCAGUCCUCCACCAUUUUUUCCGUCAUUGAUGCUGCACCCUAGACCGAGUAGAAGUCGACCCAUGGAUUCUGCUGGUCGAGUUCAGGCUUGCUCAGCAUGUCAAAAUCACCUAUUGCUCCAGUGGAAGGCGUACACACGUCAGGGCACACCCCACGGUGAUCGCAAUUACACACUUCGUAAGCGUCAAGCACCAACGGUUGAGCCAGCGACAUUUGUUUGUUACACGUGUGCAUUGGAGUAUCCCUCGUCCAGUAUUAGACUGUUGUACUGCUGUCCAAAUCCCGAGAAAGAAGCGUACUUUCCCUUUAUAUGUUCAUUAAGACCACCACCAGGAGCUAGUCCCAUUAGUCCUCAGGGGAUGGUACAAGUUUGUUCCAUCUGUUACAAAGCCAUACCACAGAAACAACAGGUUUUUGGGAGUGAAAAUAACGAAGUUCAACCACCAGCCCAGAAUGUUGAGUUUCGUCAGCAAGGUCCAUCCCCAAGGCCAGUAGUAGCUAAAUCCCCAGCUAAUUCAGCUGGCAGUGAUAUUCGUUUCAAGCCCUACGACUUGAACAAGUCCAGUGGAGUAGCAUCAAAGUCGAGGAGUGCCAAUGUUAAAAUACAAAGUUCAGCCCAGAGAAAUUCACCAAGUAGCAGUGGUGCACCAGCAGAGAAUGGAAAUGUCGCUGGCGGUCAGAAUUACAGGUGUUACAUCUGUGAGAGACUAUAUCCAAGAACCCAAAUGGAGUGGCUGUCAACAAGUCCAGAAGGUAUGAAUUCCCACGCAAUGCACUUUCCCUGUCUCCGUGGUAUGGCCCGAACCUCCGAGAACGCCUGUAUGGACAGUCACGGUAGAGUUCUAGCUUGCAGCCACUGUGUCAACCACUUGGCCCAACAGUGGGAGAAUAUGGACGCCGAGAGAGUCCCCCUGGAGCGUCGUAGAUACGACAUACCUAGUCCACAUCCCAAUGGGGAUGUUAAUCGUUCAAUAGCAACACCACCGAGUUCAAGUUCAGACAGAACAUUUGCCAGUAAUCCAGGCACAUCGAGCAGUUCAAUAUACUGUUUUCUCUGUGGUCUUCACAGUGAUCUCACACUUGCUAGGGUACUUUAUGGACGUCCACAGGGUCGUAAUGCCCCAUUUUUUCCGGAAUUACUGCGCCAUCAGUCACCAACAAAUGCUGAACAACUCAGGGAGGAUGGAUCAGCUCUUGUAUGUACAUUUUGUUAUCACUCACUUCUCGCUCAGUGGAGAAAGUACGAGUCACUCACCACUGGACAACAAAUCACUGCUAAUGAGAGACAAUACAAUACCCAUGAUUAUUGGUGCUAUGUCUGUGGAAUAACGACAUAUCGAAAGAGGGUGAGGGCACUUCCUGUCAAGGAUUUUCCCUUCUUGAGGUAUCACAGGCAGCCUGAGAAGAGUCUGCUGCUGGAGAAUGGGGAUUUUGCAGUUGUUUGUCUUGAUUGUUAUGAAACACUCAGGACACAGAGCUUGGAGUAUGAGAGGUGGGGACUGCCUAUUGAGAAGAGGGAGUACAAUUGGAUUGUUCAGCCUCCACCACCUGAGGACAGCCCUGAUGCCUCUAUUGCCAGGUUACCUUCUGGGGAACGCUCCGAGAAAGUGGUGCCACCCACACUAACAGCCCGACCAGCUCGUAAGAAUUGUUCACCGAAAGCUCCUGACAAGAAAUCACCACAGAAACUGCCAGAAAAAGAGCAACCAGGUCUUCAACCGGCAAACACGAAAGCCCAACCAACGACAAUCGGCAAAUCCCACCGUCCAAAUACCGGUGUAUUACCGCAGGGUCACACACCGGGACCAGGACCAGGACCAGGUGGACAACAGAACAGUAGAAGUUUUGCCGCUGCACUCAGGAACCUUGCCAAGCAGGCAGGACCGGCUCCUCAGGAUGAGGAGCCUCGUGCGAGUCCUAAGAAUCGACCACCACCACCUCUUGUACGCGGACCCUCACCCGCCAAGGAGCGUUCUACGCAUGAGAGAAGACCCGAGGAAAUACCAUCAAUGUAUACAACAGCAAGAGCACCGGAGAAUAGCAAGCACAUUGUAACAUCAGCAGCAUCGGAAUUACUGGCCCGCUCUGGUUUCCAACCGUAUCGGCCGGAGCACCAUCCGACCCAGCCACCCCCGGCAUUUGCACUAGAUCCAGCGGCUUACAGUCCUUAUCACCAUGGCCUCUAUCCACCGCCACACCUCCAGCACGCUUAUAGAUUAGAGGAACAGUUGUAUCUGGAGAGGGUUGGAAUGCUGAGGCCGCCUUUAUUUCCGGGAAUGCCCACCUAUCCACUCUAUGGGCUCAGAUAUAGUCCCGAAAUGUUACCACCGGCAUCACUUGGCCUCAUGUCCCCUGUUAUGCACGAAAGGCUGAAGAUGGAAGAGGAGCACAGACUGAGACAAGUACGUGAGCAAGCGGCACUGAGAGACGAGGAAGAAAGGAGAAGAGCAGUGCGUAAUUCUGCAUCAGCAGGACCAACACCAGCUUCUGCCUCAGCUGAUACAGCAGGUGAGCGAGUCGCUCCACCCCCCACUGCCUUCCAUUGAAAACGAAUAAAAGCAUUAGAGAAUAUGGAAAAAAAAGUUAUUUUAAAUGAAAUAUUGAACAGACAACGUCGUGUAUUCUUCGGGUUUACCAGAUUUAUCGUUUUGAAUUUUUUUACUUUGAAAAACAAAACUCAAGUUUCUGAGUUAAUCUUCAUCUUCUUCUCUUCAUCUUCUCUAUUUCCCUUCGUCUCUCGAAUAUUUCUGACUGUCUUAAUCCGUCUGGUAAACCUUUGCACGUUACCAUUAGCCAGUGUUAGUUAAAUAAUCAAUUGAGAAUGAAGGAGAACAAUUCAGAGAAAUAGAAAUAGUAAUAUCUGAUUUUUUAACCAAAUUGUUGUUCUGAUAAUUCAGAGAAAUUUAGAGUACUUCAAUUGCCAUAAUGAACUGAUAAUUAGUAAUUUUAUUGAUAGAUUGUCAUUUUUAUAAGAAGAUUGUGUUGCAUAUUUGAAAAUUGAUUCAUUAUAAUUUUUAAAACUUUUCUGGGAGUUUUUUCUGUUGCAAUUUGGUCUUCACCAAGAACUUUCCCUCUUUUACAAGUUUCCUCGCAAAUUUUAAUUGAUGAGUCAAUUGAGAAAUCAUUAAUAAUGGGAAUAAUUUAAUGAUUAACAAGAGGAGCAGUAUUGACCUCAAUUUAUUUUUCCACCUUACUAUUCAUUUAAAAUUUACUCUUUUUCGUUAAAUUUUAUCUCAACCUCAAAUAUAAAUAUUUAAAUAUUCAACACAAUUCUAAAAUACGAAAAUAAAAAAAUUACCACCUCUGUCCUGCCCCCGAAACCACCCGAACAAUCCCACGAUUGGCUUCUAAGCUUUAACAAUUAUUUUCCAUUCUCUUUUUUUUUAAUCACCUCUUUUUUAAAAUUACUUUAAUAUCCCCUCAGAGCCGAUGCCAAGCGAUCGUUUUCUCAUGAAAAUUUUCUUCAACUAGAGAAAAAAAUAAUAAUAAAAAAACCUCAUAAAAUACCACUUACAUUUUUCACGAAUUUACGUGGUAUAAUUAAUAAUAAGUAGAAUAUAAAAGAAUAAAAACGGAAUAAAAAAGCAAUAACAAUAACUAAAUAAAAGUGAAUAACAAAAAAACGUGUGAUCGUUGUUGAAAUAUAAUUUCAUAGGAACAAAAUAAUUGAGACGAAAAAAAAAUCUACUUUGACUGUGAAAAUAACAUUAACGAAAAAGCAAAAAGAAAUCCUGACAAUGGAUUGAAAAAAAAACAACAUACUACGCUUCUACUGUUUAAUGUAGCAAAUAAUGAAAGUUAAUAGUCAUAAUUAAUCGUUUCUUAUGAAGCAAUAGGUUUAAUAUUUUUUAGAUAAGAGCAUACGAGGAUACGAGAGAUAGAUGAACGUCUACGUGAGCCCUUCCCCCUCGAGAAAAUGAAAGAAAACGAGAGAAAAAAAAAACAAUCUUAAAUAAAACUAAAUGAAUAAACAUUUUAGGGAGAUGAACAAAUUUUCGUACUUUUGCACACGAAAGUCGAAAGAGUGAAACAAAAGUUAACUAAAUGAAAAUGAUAAAAACAAUAACUGAAUGAAUAUAAAAAGUUAAAGAGAGUCUUUGUAACGAUUCUUACAAAAGAAUUGAGGAAAAAAAACACAAAUGAGCGAAAAGAAAAUUAAAAACGCCUGAAAAACACCACGAAGAUAUGAAAAAAAGGGCCAUUUUGUAUUAUUCAUUACCUAGGUGCCCAAUAGUUAAUAGAUUUCAUAAAAAUAUCUCAAGGCACGUGAAAGCAUGAGGAAAAUGAAAAUAUUCUGUUUAGACUGGACGACACGAAGGCUGAAUUUAUUAUAGCUCUGUCUGAUAACAUUUAACAUUUGAAAUGAAAAGUAACAAUAGCAAUGCUGUAAGUCAUUCUGGUCAUUUCCCAUUUCUCCCCAAAAAAUACUUGGACAACCCCUCGCCUGUGUCUCUCACCCCCCCCCCCC